GGCUGCGUUCAGUUAGUACGCGUGUGACCCCAGCGGAGAAGGUUGUGUAUCUCCUGGAAGGCCACGUCUAGCCCUCCCUAUAGUGCGCGUGCAGUAUUGCAGGGGAGAGACGAGAGCAAUGGCAGGGAGCCUCUCUUGGGUGGCAGGCAGGGGCUUAUGGGGCCUGGUGCCGCUGGCCUGCAGAAGUUUCUUUCUGGGUGUUCCCAGAUUGUUCCAUGUAAGGGUCACCCUCCCGCCCCCUAAAGUGAUUGAUCGUUGGAACGAGAAGAGGGCGAUGUUCGGGGUAUAUGACAAUAUCGGGAUCCUGGGAAAUUUUGAAAAGCACCCCAAAGAAUUGAUCAAGGGCCCCGUGUGGCUUCGAGGCUGGAAGGGGAAUGAACUGCAGCGUUGUAUUCGAAAGAAGAGAAUGGUAGGAAAUCGGAUGUUCGUCGAUGACCUGCACAACCUGAACAAACGCAUCAGCUUUCUCUACAAACGCUUUAAUCGACAUGGGAAGCACCGGUAGAAGAAAAAGCUGGGAACUGUGGAAGAGGCAUGACUAUCACCAGAGAGAAGGGAAAAGUACUUUGCCUUAUGAGGAAGGGGAUUUGAAUGCUCUCAGUGAUAAUGCAGGACUCAUUUGUAAUCCAUUAUCCACAACUUUAGUUUCCUCUAGAUGCUAGUUUUACUCAUUUAUGCAAGGAGGAAGUGGAAUUCAUCCCUAAGCCUUACAGUUUUACCUUUGGACUUCACCAUUUGCCCUUGCAGUCUAGCCAUACCUGUGGUGUUCAAAAAAAUUAAAAAAUCAUUGUUGGCACUUUUGAUAUUUGGCCCUUCAUAUAUUGAAAGUGGUUAUUUUAAAUUGUCCCAUAAUGUCGUGUUAAAUGUAUUUUUAAAAACCUUUCUGCACUGGAAUGAAAUUUCAUAGAAAAAUAGUUAUACUUUUACACCAUCCUUGUCCAAAAAUAUUUAUCGAGUACCUCUUCUGAGAUGAGAACUAUAGGAAAAACAGUAUAAAAUAUUCUCCCUCUAUGCUUUUCUAGUUAUGGGUAUAAAGUUAUAGUCUCAUAUGUACACUUUAAUAUAUGAGGCCUUAAGUACCAUAUGAGUGGUUCCUAAGCCUUAUUGAUCAUCAGAAUUUCUACAUAGUUUAACAGUUUAAAAAGUCUAGUCCCUGCCCCCAAAGAUUGUGAUCUGUAGAACUGAGCUGAGUAUUAAGAGUCUUUUUGGGUUUUGUGGGGUUUUUUUAAUAAUUAAAAUGUAUCCAUCUAUAUAGGCAGAUAGUUCAAAAUUGUAAAAUUAUAGAAGAGUAAAAUGAAGAGUUUUCUCACAGCUGGGUUUUUUUUUGUGUGCUCCAUUUCAAGGCAAUCAUGCAUGACAUUCUUUUUAAUCCUUCUGGAUAUUAAUAUAUACUGUGCAUGUACAAGAUUGUUUU